AUGGCUGACCUCCGAUACCGCAAAGAGGACCGCAUCUACAUGAUAUGGCGGAAUUACCCAUGCAAGAUCUCUCGCUUUCUGGAUGCCCAUGGGAUUCCUAAUGUGCUCUGGGGAGAGCUUGUGAUGAAUAUGUUUCUUAUUCCCAUUGUGGCAGACGGCAUCUACUUCGUCAUCCCCAAUGAACAUAUCGACAAAGCACACGACCUCCUGCCCAAGUCCCCCCAUGGGAUCCCAUACGCGCACUUCAAUAUCGUGGACCAUGGACCCAAGUGCUACUAUAAACCUAAGUUAUAUGGCCCAAUCCCCAAGUCUGAGCUGCUGUGGGGAGCGCCUGAGAUCCCACUCAGCCCACCUACUCCAAAUGACCCAGACUACUGGACGAUCAAUGACGAGCGUCUUCCAGAAGUUCCUAGAGGAUUCCAGCUAGGCCACAUGGUUGAGGCGGAUUAUCCAGAUUAUUUGCUGAUAGACAUGCAGGUAGUGCUGAAGAAACACCGCCUCUUUACACUAAGCGACCUUCCGCCUCGUACUCGCAGCUGGUUCAAAAUUCUGACCGAAAAUCUACGGGAAAGAACGCAUGGGGAUGCCGAUGACAGGUUUGGCGAGGAGAUGAGGAAGUCAGGUGAGGUGCCUGAAAAAAGUCCCUGGCCGUCAGAACAUAGAAUGCCCCCUGGAUGGCGUGAAGAGCUUAAACAGUGGGAGGAGGAGGAAGAGGAGAGGAGAAAGAAGAAGAAGGAGGAGGAGGAGCAGACGAGGAAGAACGAAGAAGAGGUGAAAGAGGAGCAGAAUGCGUGA